CACUUUGGGAGGCCUGGGACGAUCGCUUGAGCCUUGGAGUUCCAGGCUGCAGUGAGCCAUGAUUGCACCACUGCACUCCAGCCAGGGCGACAGAGCGAGACUCCUUCUCAAAACAACAACAACAACAACAACAAAAGAAGUAGACUUGAGAACUUCGUUAAGACAUUGGCCAGGGAGUAAGGGUUGCCAUUAGGGGACUCCUGAGGUCCUAUCUCCAGGCUGCGGUGACUGCACUUUCCCUGGAGUGGAAGCUGCUGGAAGGCGGACCGGCCGCCAUGUCCACGUUCAGGCAGGAGGACGUGGAGGACCAUUAUGAGAUGGGGGAGGAGCUGGGCAGCGGCCAGUUUGCCAUCGUGCGGAAGUGCCGGCAGAAGGGCACGGGCAAGGAGUACGCAGCCAAGUUCAUCAAGAAGCGCCGCCUGUCAUCCAGCCGGCGUGGGGUGAGCCGGGAGGAGAUCGAGCGGGAGGUGAACAUCCUGCGGGAGAUCCGGCACCCCAACAUCAUCACCCUGCACGACAUCUUCGAGAACAAGACGGACGUGGUCCUCAUCCUGGAGCUGGUCUCUGGCGGGGAGCUCUUUGACUUCCUGGCGGAGAAGGAGUCGCUGACGGAGGACGAGGCCACCCAGUUCCUCAAGCAGAUCCUGGACGGCGUUCACUACCUGCAUUCUAAGCGCAUCGCACACUUUGACCUGAAGCCGGAAAACAUCAUGCUGCUGGACAAGAACGUGCCCAACCCACGAAUCAAGCUCAUCGACUUCGGCAUCGCGCACAAGAUCGAGGCGGGGAACGAGUUCAAGAACAUCUUUGGCACCCCGGAGUUUGUGGCCCCAGAGAUUGUGAACUAUGAGCCGCUGGGCCUGGAGGCGGACAUGUGGAGCAUCGGUGUCAUCACCUACAUCCUCCUGAGCGGUGCAUCCCCGUUCCUGGGCGAGACCAAGCAGGAGACGCUCACCAACAUCUCAGCCGUGAACUACGACUUCGACGAGGAGUACUUCAGCAACACCAGCGAGCUGGCCAAGGACUUCAUUCGCCGGCUGCUCGUCAAAGAUCCCAAACGGAGAAUGACCAUUGCCCAGAGCCUGGAACAUUCCUGGAUUAAGGCGAUCCGGCGGCGGAACGUGCGUGGUGAGGACAGCGGCCGCAAGCCCGAGCGGCGGCGCCUGAAGACCACGCGUCUGAAGGAGUACACCAUCAAGUCGCACUCCAGCUUGCCGCCCAACAACAGCUACGCCGACUUCGAGCGCUUCUCCAAGGUGCUGGAGGAGGCGGCGGCCGCCGAGGAGGGCCUGCGCGAGCUGCAGCGCAGCCGGCGGCUCUGCCACGAGGACGUGGAGGCGCUGGCCGCCAUCUACGAGGAGAAGGAGGCCUGGUACCGCGAGGAGAGCGACAGCCUGGGCCAGGACCUGCGGAGGCUACGGCAGGAGCUGCUCAAGACCGAGGCGCUCAAGCGGCAGGCGCAGGAGGAGGCCAAGGGCGCGCUGCUGGGGACCAGCGGCCUCAAGCGCCGCUUCAGCCGCCUGGAGAACCGCUACGAGGCGCUGGCCAAGCAAGUAGCCUCCGAGAUGCGCUUCGUGCAGGACCUCGUGCGCGCCCUGGAGCAGGAGAAGCUGCAGGGCGUGGAGUGCGGGCUGCGCUAGGCGCAGUGGGGUGGGCCAGGCCCCAGGACAACCGGAGCUCGGCCUGCGGUGGGGGCGCUUCCUGUGGACGCUGCGCCUCCCAUCGCCCCGGUGCCUGUCCUUGCCCAGCGCCACCAGGCUGGAGGCGGAGUGGGAGGAGCUGGAGCCAGGCCCGUAAGUUCGCAGGCAGGGGUGGGUGUGGGACGGGGCUGCUUCUCUACACAGCCUCCACGCUGGUCUUCACCUUCACCCCUGCAUCGUCGGUGACCCUGGGACCCUCCAGGCAGCGUGGCCUGUGGCACCGUGAGGGUUGGGACCCAGAAUGGGACCGGCCACCGAGGCGCAGAGGCGGCCCGAAUGCAGCCCUGGUUCAGGCCCGGAGGAGGGUUUGCGGGCAGUUCCACGGGCAAUUCGGCGGGGUGCUGCCUGUUGAUGCCAUUAGCCCAGAAGGAGGUCGUGGGACGGGGAGGGUGGGAUGGACGGCGGACAGGCAGUCCCCACGCUGCUGGGUGGCGCCGGGCUUGGUGGGGUCUUCCACUGUGUGCCCUUCUCGCCGAGGCCGGUCCCCCGGGUGUGGGGUCCCCUGCUGCGGACUCCUCCGCGAGCCCCAUCGUCGCGCCUGUGCACGCCUAGGCAAGAGCGGCCCUCUGCAGCCAAGAGAAAUAAAAUACUGGCUUCCAGAUA